CCCCCGUCGCCUUGGAAACCUGCCUACUACCCCAGAGGUCCCAGCAUUUCUGAUUCCACAUAUGAACUACCUGGUCAGCUCUAAAAAGAAUGCAGGGCAGCCUGGGAACUCUGAGGAUUCCCACUUCUUUGAAUCACCUUGUACCGGAGCAAUCGGAUCCAAACGCCCCUGGGAAUACGACGUGCCGGAGAUAGGCAGCAUGGGUGCGGAGGACAUGGAGAUGCCAGAGAUGCCAAACCUGGAGUGUACUUUGGGAAAUUCCCUACAGAAAAGAAGUGAAAAAAUGCUGAGGAAGACUUUCAACAUUAAAAAGGAGAACAAGGAGCCCACUGUCAAAAGUCUGGAUCUGGACAGCCCCACCCAGAACUUCAGCUUAGGGAUCCCUCGCAUCAGGAUGGACUACGAAGAGCCCACCACCCCCGAGAUGCCCGAACUGAGCUCUGUGACUCAGGACAUCUGUAAACUUGUGUCCCAGGCUCAGUUGAAGAACCCUACGGUCGCUGUUGUGCACCCAAAUAUCAGGGUAAAAAAUGAUAAAAACAGACUGUCUGCGGUGUCGGAGAGUGAGUUCCAGAUUUUACCAAAGUACCUGAGGCAGAUAACUUUGCAUAACCUCAACCAGGUGGUGGAGCACAUUAACACGUUCACAGCAGAGAGUGAAGGAGAACACACAGAGUUUCAGAUGGAGGAGCUGCAGAGGAUUUGCAUGGUGGGAACAAAGACCCCCAUAUUCAUCCUCUGUCUGACGGAGCUCAAGAGGCUGAAGCACAUCGGAGGGGCCAGGAACACCGCUGUGUACGAACUGUGCACACAAAAGUAAAGGGCGCUUGGACACAUCAAGCUGUCCGAUUAGCAGCAAAAAUGUAGAGACGUCCUAGUUAGGUCCAUCUGAAGAGAUGCUGGUUUCUAAAAACAAUCCUGUACAUUGCUAAACUGAUACAUUUAAAUAAAAUAUA